AUGUCUUCUAAUAUUGAACCAGAUGCUCCCAACUUUGAGGAAUUCUUUGUUUUGGGCGCUAAGAAGUCGACCUGGCUGCCCUUUAUCUCUACCCCUUUUCCCGUCCACUUCAACCUCUCGUCUCCAGUCAGCCAGCGGCGCAACAAUUUGUACAGCGAGUGCGAUGAAUACCGAGUUAGAACUGGAAAUCAGACCCUAUACCUACACGAGCGCUUUGUUGCUCUUUGCCAGAAGGUUAUUGAGCUAUGCCCCGAAGCAAGUGAAAUAAAGGCUUGUCGAAAAAUUGAAGGGGGCUUCAACAGAGUUUUUAUCUUUACCUUGGAUAACGAGAAGAAUAUCGUGGCGAGGCUCCCGUUUCGAUUGGCAGGACCAGCGAAACUGACCACUAUUUCUGAGGUUGCUACAAUUCGCUACUUACAAACGAAGACGAAUAUCCCCGUACCGAGAAUUCUUGAUUACAAUUGCGACGCUAGUGAUGAAACAAAUAUUAUCGGCAGCGAAUAUAUUAUCAUGGAACAUGCAAGAGGCGUUCCUCUGCACGAGAAAUGGCAUAAAAUGGCUGGCGAUCAGCAGGUCAGGUGCAUAGAUGCAAUCUACCGGACACUAAAGGAUAUCGCCGAGUUGGAAUUCCCAGCUUUUGGGAGCAUAUACUUCGACGAUUCUCUCGAAUCUGUUAGCAAACAACCCCUAGGUGAUGGCUUUUGUGUUGGACCUCACUGCGGUACUAGAUACUGGGGUACUAAUGUGGGCGAAAGGAGAUAUUAUCAUGAUGCUAAUAGAAACAUUGGCCCAUGGUUGACUAUUGGCGACUAUUGUGAUGGCCUUGUUGACGCUGGUAUGUCACAAGUUCCUCCAGUGGAUACCAAACCCGAACGACCAAUCUAUCAUGGAUCGCCUGAAACACAAUAA